AUCAACUGAGCCUCUAAAUUAGCAUAAUAUAUAGGUGGAUAAUUUACAUUUGAGCUGUUUGUGUCGUGUUCUUGCAACUCAAUAUGAAAAAUGAGAUAUGGUGUAAUGCAGGCAAGAGCUGAUGUCAUUUUCAAACAGCUAGAAGCAAUCUCAACCUUGAAUCUUCAUUUAUGUUUUGUUUUACUAUCUUCUACUUUUGUAACUUGGGAAUCAGUUUCCAUUAAAAUAAGAAUAAAAAUUAUUCAUUUGACAUGCUGCUGCAAGACGUCCAAGGACUUCUUACCUAGGUGUUAGGUGAAGGUUUCAUGCCGUCAUGGGUUUUUAUAAAAGUAAAGAGCUUAUUCCUUUCCCUUUAUUUGUUUCUUAUUUUUGUUUGAUAGUUAUCUGCAUAUUACUUUUGUACAUAUCUAUAUGGUGACACCUGUUUAUUUAUCAUGUUAUUGUAACAUAAGAACUGGAAAAAAAAAAAUAGCAGCCUAUUUCUUUUAUAAAUAUGCUCAAGACCCCAUAACAACUGUAGUGAAUUUAUUCAAAUUUGUGCUGAAUAAUUGUUCUGAAUAAUUUGGAGUUCAAUCACUUUAAGCGUUAUCAUAAAUUUUCCUUAGCAAAGGUCCAUGAUAAUGUUUUGAGUUCAAUCACCUCAAGGUUCAUGUAAUAUUUGGAGAUCUUCUUCAAAGUUAAACUAUGUGCAAAAUCACUGGGUUCAAAUAUAUUUUGUCUUUAGUAUUUUAAUGGAUCUAUGUACAAGGCUUGCUCUUUGAAAAUAUUUUAGUCCAAACUUUGAUCUCAUGGACCAUAAGCGGCAUGUGUAGUGUGCACACUCAUGAAAUGCUGCAUUACCACGCCACAGAAUAUUUAGCAAGCAUUUUACCCAAGCUUGCAUUCUGUUGUUCAUGGUUAUUAUAUGUUGUGCUUAACGAGCCUUUGAAAUACCAGGUCUAAUAGUACUUGUAUAGAGACAAGAAUGCACGAUUGUAUGAAUAUUUAAGCAAAAAUGAAGCCAGUUACAGGUUUGCAAUAGUGAUGUACUAUUAAUAGUGUGUAACUGUCUGUCAAAGAAAUUUUAUUUGGUAUCAAAUCCACUCAAAAAUGGAGUAAAUAGAAAUUUGGUGACACAUUGGCUUCAUAUUUACAUUUCACUAAUGAAAAAAGAUUAGUAUUACUUGUUGGAACUUUAUUUAGGAAAUAUUGUAUCUUGGCCAGAUGUACCAGAGUUGUGCAAAUAAGUUGUUUGUAUCAACUUGUGGAUGCUUCUUUAGUUUUGUGAUGUUUGUGGAAGAUGAUUGAUAAAUUUCUUUCUGCUCAUUGAAAGUAUUUUAACAAAACUGCUCUCCACAAAACAAUAUUGGCCUUUUGGAUGUUUGAUGUGUGGAAGUUCUAUUUCUACUGCAAUACAGCUUAAUGCUGGUUUGUUUGAUGAAUUGUCUUUGUAUUCUCAAGGAUUUCAAGCAUGUCACUCGUUGGGUGGUGGCACUGGGUCGGGGAUGGGGACCCUGUUGAUACCCAAGAUAAAGGAAGAAUACUCAGAUCGAAUGAUGCUUACAUUUUCAGUGUUUCCAUCUCCAAAAGUGUCUGACACAGUUGUAGAGCCGUACAAUGCUACUCAGUUAAUACCCCAGCUUGUUGAGAAUGCUAAUGAGUGUAUGGUUCUGGAUAAUGUGGCCCUCUAUGAUAUUUGCUUCCACACUCUAAAGCUCACUACUCCCAGUUACAGGUGAUAAAACUUCGAGUUUGUAACAUGAUUAAUGUGAAUCAGUUUGUGUGUUGAAUUGUUGCGAGUUCAAUUCAGAAACAUUUAAAAGCCUCCUCAAGAAGCUUUAAUGCUCCCAUCUGUAGCCGGUACUUUAAGGUUCUGGAUAAUGGAGUUUUGCCGAAAAAUUAACCCGUCGUGGUUAAGGCUAAGCUUGUGUGGAAGAUUGCGGAGAAGAAAAGUAUGGAGGCUGAUGAGGCUGUCUUACUCACCACUUUUUUUUUUCUUAGGUGCUUAAGAAUUUUGGAUUUAAAUUUUGUACGGAUAUUGUUAUAUUUUGGAGUUCAAUUAAUAAUGAUUAUUGGAGUUA